CCUUGACCCAUGUAUUUUUUUAUUAUCACACGUCACGUUACAGGCUCAGGAAACAUGGCCGACAAUGAUACACCACAAAGCGAGGAACAAACUGGAAGCCGACUAAUAAUGCGGAUAGUUUCAGAAUUAUUUGGAAGUCCACUAAAUCUUGGAUUGCUUGGUAUUUGUGGUUUCCUUAUUUAUAAAAUUAUUUCUAGCAGACGGUCGACAGAUUCCACACCAGUCAAAGAGCCAGAGCUUCCUCCGUUAAAAAAACAAGACUUUACAUUGGAGCAGUUAAGGGAAUAUGAUGGAAAAGGAUCCGAUGGUCGUGUACUAAUUGCUGUUAAUGGAAAAGUCUUCGAUGUCACCAGAGGGAAACGAUUCUAUGGUCCAGGUAAUUAAAAAUUGAAUAAUAAUUAUUAUGACGCCAAAGCCUAACAAAAUAUACCUGUCUGCUAUCUCUUUCAAGCCUUUCAAUCAAAGUGAGUCUUCUUAAUCUUUCUUUGUCUUAAUACUUUAAACUCCAGCCCAUCAUUGCCAUGCCAUAAUUAAAUAUUAUAUUAGCCUCGCCAUAGGAAAAAAGCUACCCCCCCCCCCAACUCACACACUGAGACUUUAACUGUAGUCUUUAGUAGGGCCUAAGUCAAGAGCAGGGACUGGAACAAGCUUCCAAAAGUAGAUACUUUGUUCAAAAAUUUAAACAUUUUGUAAAAAUAAACCAAUGUCAUAGUUGAAUAGAGCUAAAUUUGUACAGAAUUAUAACACCAAAAUUAUAUUUUUAGCUGUUGUAGUUUUAAAGUUAUGAAUUUUUAAAGUACGACUUGGUUUGUCCUUUUUUAACAUGGACUGCAUCUCCACAUUCUGUGACCUCAUUCCGCCGAUCGCGUCAUGCGCAAUGACUAUAUAGUUUAUAGAAGGCUAAGGCAUUCCCUUAUCACUAAAAUACUGUUUAGUGUCGAUUUAUUUUAAACUUUCAACUUUGGCACAUGAAUAAUUAAUUAAAGCUUUCAUUGACCAAUGGUUUAAUAGUUUUUGCACACGGCAAACACUUAUGAAUGAAACUCUGAGAUAGUACUACGAUAUAGCCGCUAUGCAAGUGGCUGUGAAUGGUUGCCAAUGACAACGUGUUGCACACGGAAAUUUCUGAUCAUUUAUAAUAUGGACUCUACAGGGUUUUUAAAGCUCAAAUUAAAAAGUUCCAGUUUAAAUGUCUUCAAAAUGCAUUCUGAAACACAAGUUAUCAAAUAUUUUGAUGUAUAUAGUGGUAAUAAUUAAAUAUUUCUUAAGUAUCUGCAACUUCCGCCAUUAAAAAGGGGGCGUGGCCCACGCCAUGUCGAAAUAAGGCUGAGCCCCCUUAUGGUGAUAUGGGUCACUGGGAGAAGCGUAGCGAACGUGGGACACGACCUACAUCAAUGAGAAUUGGCACAGAUAUAUAUCAAUAUCUAAUGCCUUACACGAUUUAAUAUGAAAGACCUGUUCCUUUUAUUUCACAAAAAAUUUUGUAUUUGAAGAUGCCUUAUAUAUACCAAAGAUUUUCAAAAUGAAGUUCGAUUGAAAAAAGCAAAAUAGUUGGAUGGAAAUGUAGGCCAAGAUGUCUUCCAAAUUAUAAGGCCGGAAACGGAACUCAAAUAUAUGUCCAAAUAACUAAUUUAAUAAUAAAUAGACACACACAUCGGAAAAUUAAAAACUCGGAUUUUUCGGCGCCGACGCCCAUUUCCGAUACAAAAAAAGUAGUAGUCUCCCUUGUUUUAUCGAAGUAUCUACCAAAAGUAACAGUUGAGGUGACAACACUUGACACAUUUGCGUCUAUUGUAGGUACUUUACUAAAAAAAAAAUAAAAAAAAUUGAAAAUAAUUUUUUUUAACAAUACAGUUAUUUAGAGCAAAUUUCAAAUUAAAAAAAUGAAACCAGAAUCAACUUUUUAGCUUAAGUACUUUUUGAUUUUAAAAAUUUUAAAUUUAAAGGUGAGUUCGUUUGAGUUUGGUAUUUUUUACAAUGGACGAAACCUCCACAAUUUGUGACCUCUUUCUGCCGAUCGCAUCAUGCGCAGUGACUAUAUAGUUUAUGUAAGGCAACGCAUCCCCUAUCACUAAAAUACUGUUUAGGGUCGACUUAGUUUAAACUUUCAACUUUGGCACAUGAAUAAUUAAUUAAAGCUUUCGCUUACCAAUGAUUUAAUAGUUUUUGCACAAAGCCAAACUCUUAUGAAUGAAACUCUGAGGUAGUACUACGAUAUAGCCAUUAUGCAAGUGGCUGUGAAUGGUUGCCAAUGACAACUUGUUGCACACGGAAAAAUCUCAUCAUUUAUAAUAUGGACUCUAACGUGUUUUUAGAGCUCAAAUUAAAACAAUCCAGUUCAAAUGUCUUCAAAAUGCAUUCUGAAACACAAGUUAUCAAAUAUUUUGAUGUAAAUAGUAUUAAUAAUUUUAUAUUUCCUAAGUAUCUGCAACUUCCGCCAUUAAAAGGCGGCGUGGUAACAUUCAUCGAAAUUGGGUUAAGCAAACUACCAACCCGUAGAAACAUGGCGUCUCUCGUAAAACACAUAGCGCUGUGAAAAUUGGCAUACAUGUAUAUCAAUAAAUGCCUGAGAUGCAGAAAAAAUUUGGUUGUGCCAUGUCUUUUACUUCAACUUAAUUUUAAUGAUGAAUUUGCCUUAUAUUCACCAAGGAUUUUCUCAAAGCUGACCGUUUGUAAAAGAAACAGUAAUUGAUUAAAAUGUAGGCCAAGAUGUCCUCUAAAGCUAAAGGCCGGAAGAGGAAAACAAUUUUGGGAUAUAGUAAUUAUUUUAUGAAUGAAAUAGUACCAACAUCAAAAAAUUAAAAUCUCUGAUUUUUGCGGCGACACAUAUUUCCCAUAUAAAUUUGUUAGUAGUCUCCCUUGCUUCAUCGAAGUGCCUAGUCUAUUGCCUCAGGCCUUCCAACCUACAGUUCAUGGUACCCUUGCUGAGUAGUCCUUGCAACCAGUGAAAUAUCCUCUUCAAUACCAGGCACAGAAACAUUGUGAAUCCCCUCUACAUACUUAGUACAUAGGAGUCAGAAUGAUCAAUACAUUAAUGGCAGUCUACACAUCCGGAGACUGGACAAAUAGUGCGGGAGAUAUUCUUCCGGCAGGCAUGUCACGUUACCACCGGGCGACAAGUUUGUGUUAUUGUUGUGGCAGACAUGUCAUGUGACAAGAGUUCACCGGCAAGCAAAGAAGAAAAAGUCAGUUAUCUUGGUUUAAAUAUCUUAUAAAGCUUAACUUAGUAGCCUAAAUUUAAAAUAUUAACCAAAGAAAAUAAGAUCAAUACUUGCCAGUUGACUGUCAAUAGAUCUACUGUCAACAAAGUUUUAUUUCAGACUAUAAAUAUUGCGUGAGAAGUAGGCUGGCUACCCCAACAGCACACUGAGUUUGCCCUAUAUUAACUCAUUCCCUCCGGCAGUGCUACUUCCGGACUUAAUUUAUUUUCCUGAGAAAAGGGAAGCAACUCAGUUUUGAAAUCGAUUUAAAUUUUAAAAAUAUUUUUUUAAGUUGCUAAAUAUUAUUUAAUGUUAAUGAAUUAAGAACAGAUGCAACAAAAAAUGAAUAAGGUUUAAUAUAAAUAUAACAUUAGCGUUGAAAAAAUAACGAACAAUGGCCAAAAAAUCGAUUUUCGGCACCUCGGACGAACAAAUGCUACAUAUAGACGCGCCGUACUAAAGCAUACGUAGUUUUAAAGUGAAACAAGAUAAAAACUUCCGGUUUCAAAAUUAAAAUCACGCAGAAAUCACGCCAUAGCCGGAAGUCUCGAGGGAUGCGAGAUUUCAUUGCUAUUUUGAACUAAAAAAUAAGAGAGGUGUGUCGCUAUGCGCCGGGACGCAUUUGGACGCAUAAGGAGGAACCCCCAGAGGACGCAUUUAGUCGCAACCGUCGGGAAUGAGUUAAGAUGUAGGGUCUACUUCUUUGUGAACUUUCGAACUCCCCACCUUAAUUAUCUAUCACCAUCACUAUAAAAAAAAUAUUUGUAUCCUUUCUCUCUUGCUCUCAGUAUUUCUUCCUACUAGUUCCCCCCCCAAAUUCUUGAAAUGAAGUGUAUACUCAUCGACCCCAUGCAUCUCUGACGUCAGUUUAUGAUCGACUAUUAGCGUUCACGUGACAAGGCUGACUGAAAGAUAUCUGGCCGCCUUUGUUAUGCGGUCAUGUGACCAGGUCGCCGGACGAAUAUCUCUAGAAUUAUUCGUCCGGACGGCAGACAUGUAAACACUUCGUACAUUAAUCGUGGGCCCUAAAUAUAUAGAAGAAGGAGGAGGUGUAAAUUAAGAUUUAACUUUGUAGCCCUGCCCUACAUUACUACAUAAUAUAAAAAUAAUUUUAGUAAAUGUUCAAAAUCCGUGGCAUUUACUUCCCACAGCUGCCAUGGCAAAAGUCAUGGCAACCAAGAUGGUGGCUGUGAAAAAAAAAAAGUAGUGCAAACAAGCUUCUGCUAAAAUGGGGAGGGUAAAUAGAGAAUGUACUGUUUUAGUGACUUAUUAAGGCUAAGAGCAAUGAAAAUUAGAACAAAACCUGAAAACUUUGUGAAAUAAUUUCAGCCAGUACUUAAAUGUACUUAAAUUUGGUUUAAUUUUAUCCCUCAAAAUAUGCGGAGAUAAGUGUCAACGACCUGCGGCCACCCCCCUUUCCUGGCGUAAUUUCAGACCUGUAUAUUAAUAUUGUGGCCUAUGAAACAACUUUAUUGUAUCCCUCUUAGAUAUGCCAAAAGUAGUGCCAAUGGCCUGCGGUCGCUCCCUUCCCUCAACUAAAACAUUUUUUACAGUUACACAGUGGUAGGAAAAUAAUCAAAAUAAAGAAAAACAUUACAAAAUAUUUUUUUAAUAAUGAAAGCCCAAUUUAGUUUUAUAGAAUACACUAAAAAUUCAAAAGUUGUCAGAAACAUCAGUACAAUAAAAUAAUAUACCUAUUUUCGAAUUUGCAGGAAAAUUUAAUUAUUUUAAUUAACCACCCAAUGAAAUUAUUAUUUAAAACAUUCCAUAGGUGUAUUAAUAAUUUAAAAAAAAAAGGUUUACUCUAGUAACAAUCCAAGCUUAAACUGACCAUUUGCUUUUAGGCUAGUCUUGGUAGUUAGCAUAUUUAAAUGCAAACGAGUCAUCACAACCAAGAUGGUGAGUGUUUUAAAAAAGCUGCUAAAUUUUGGAGGGGAAAGAGAGGGAAUAUGGAGAGAGAAUUAGGAACAAAAGGUUAUGAUUUAAUGGAUUUUUUUUAUUUUUAAGUACCUAAAAUUUAAUGAAAUAACUUUUUUCCACCCUCUCCCCCCACUUAAGCAUGAAUCUUCAAACUUAAAAUCUAUGGCCUAACUUGAACCCUAAAACCAUGUGUUCGAGUGCUACAGUUACACACUAUGCUCUACUGAGAAAGUUGUACAUUUUAAUAAAAAGAAUAAAAUUAUAUUUAAAAUAUUCAAAACAAUGAAAACUCAGGGGGGGGGGGUGUUAAAAAAUCAGCCGCCAUGUUGUGACAUCAUAUAUGAAAAAACUUAGCAACUUCAUUGUGUCUGUUAUUUAGACGACGUGUGAACUCUGCCUGACCCCUACUUAGGCUGCGUUCGUAUUGGGCGUGGCUUAUUCCCUUUGAUCUUGGCCUUUGUUUACUACCACUACCAACUAAAAAUAAAUUAAUAUGGUCUAAUAGAAUUUUGUGGAAAGUUUGGGAGUGAACUAGACAGGUAAACAAUGUGUAAGGCUGUUUGAGAUCUUUCAGUAGGUUAGAAUAUAAAAUCAGGAUUCAUUUUUGGAGCAGGGAGAGAUAUUUUGACUUCACACGAUAAUAGUGUGUUAUUCUGUGUGUGAAUUGUAUGUCAUUAUAGUACCUUAUUUUUGGCAAAUUGUAUUAACUGUAUACCGGUACAAGACAUACCAUUACUCUGUAAGUUGAUUGUAAUUAUAUUUCUUUUAUUCUGUAAUUAUAUUGAUACUUGAUACAUCUUAUUAAUUGUAAUUAGCAACUUUUUUGAGUGUCGUAUUUUUGCUAUUGUAUUCCUCAUAUGGUAUGGUCCUUUGUUAUGCACUGUUUAGAACGAGCCAUAAACUUAAAAUAAGAGAUUAAUUUCUGACUAUAGAAGACAGUGCAUAACAGUGUCCCUCAGAUAUGUGGCAUGCUGCCCUAACAACCUGAAGUCACCCCCUUCAUGCAGUCUUAGUUGCAGGUUUUAACAUACUGUACACCAGAAUUGUAUACAUUUUCAUUUAUUAGAUAUUUCAAUAUUUACUAGAUAGAUUGAGUUAAGUUGAAAUCUGAUGACAAUGGAGUGUCUUGGUGUAAGGUUGAAAUUAGGAAGUGACACCAGUUGAAGGUACAAGUUUAUGAGAUUCAAUUCAUCAGCAGAAGUAUUUGCUUAAAGGCUAUACCAGACUUUUGAAAACAUUACAGGAGUUGAAACUAACAAGGACAAGUAUUUUCAUGUCCCUCCGCCUUUUACAACCGCAGCUUUAUUACACCAACCAUUCUGUCAAACAAAAGAACAUAGUACACGCCAACACACUGUAGUUUUAAGAAAUUGUACUUAGCGAAAUCAGUGCCAUGUGGUAGCAUUAGGGACAUUGUUACAUAGAGAAUUUUGUAUUUUGAUAUUUAAAGAAUACAGUGAUACCAAUUGUUAAAAACUUACUUCUUUGAAAGCUUAUAGUUCUGCAAACAUAAAUUAAAGCCCUAUUUAAAAUGUGUAUUCCAAAAAUAACGUAUCUUGGAUAGAGACACACAGAAAAAAAAAAUGCAAAAUAUUAUAUUGGCGUUUAAGCUCUAAAUUCAUUAUUUAAAAAAAUUACAUCUUUUGGGGUUAAGGGAUUUUGAUCAAACAUUCUAUAUUAGGGUCAAGAGAUAUGACCAUGUCAAUUAUGUUGCAAUCAAUGUUUUUGUUUUCAUUUUUAAAAAUUAACUCCAUUAAACACACACACAUACACCACACUGUCACACUGCAUUUAAUAUAGUAAAUCAAGAUGCAUUAAAAUACUGGUUCAGAAGUACCAGAAGGAAUAUUCUACCAUAGAACUAAGAUAUUUUCUAUAUUUAAAAAAAAGUAUUUCCAGUUUCCUUAUUAUUUAUAUUUUACGUUGCCCUUAUCUCAGCCUUGGCAUUCUGAAAUAUUUUUGUAAUAAUAACUUGAUCAAAUAGUUAAAACUAAAGGGUUUUAGGCAGCAAGACGCAGCACCAAUUCUGUUUUCAGAACUUAUGGAAUAGUUAUUUAAGUGUUACCAAUUUUGUGUCUUUGAGAUGGCAAUGUCUUUAAAGUUUAAUGUCUGUCCUGCCUCCAUGUGUCACUCAGAACACAGCAAAACAUUUAUCAGAUUUUUACAGUGCUCACAGAAAACUUUAUUUGCAGGAAUGGGGUAACUGCUCUUUUUGGGUAAAAAAAUGUUUAGGAAAAGACAUUUUAAAAAAAUCACAGUUUGCUCUACAGCAUGUAUGAUCAUUCACACAUGAACAACAAUGCAUCAAAUGUAAUCAGUAUUUACAAAUCAAUUAUAAGCUUUAUUUAAUUAUAUCUGAUUGUUUGAUAGCAAAGUGUUUUGAGAGAAUCUGAUUCUGAGGGAGGACAGAUUAAUUUUCUAGUAAAAUGAGGAAGACAAAAAAUAACAGGAUGUAACAGUUUGGUCAAAGCAAAAUGUAUGCUAAGGCUACUCAUAUCUACAGCGGGGCAUUUUAAAAAUCCGUUCUCAAGUAACCAAAGAUACAUUUUACGACAGAGAUAUGACGUUGGUAAUAUUUUUAAUUGAUGAUAAAAAAAAAAAAGAAUUGGGGCCAUAAAAUAUGAACACAUAAAAAACUGAUUUUGCUUUUAAAAUGGUGAAAUUGUGAGCAAUGAAUUUCUAAUUGUCUACCCUGUGGUCUAUAUUGAUGAAGGUUCUUUUUAAGAUCCCACAAACAGAAAACCUGAAAUAGGAUUAUAUCCUUUUACUGUUAUUGGCCUAAAUAACACUAUAAAUUAAUGCGGAUUUGAAACUGAAAACCUCAUUUGCAUUGCAUCACCAGCUCGCAGAGUAUAGAUGACAUUAAUUACAUGCUUCAUUAGCAUAUCCAGUAAUUGUGUUACAACUCUAAAUUAUGCUGAAGGCACUUUUAAGGUGUGUAUUUUAUAUUUUUAAUAUUUAAAAAUACUUCAUAUUUUGUUUUGGUAAUCUAAAUUGGAACCUCAAAAUUUAAUUGAGUUCUUGCAUCUCAUACUGGGAGGAAUUUUAUAUUAUGCUUGCGUUACUAUUGUCAUUGGCUGUUUAGACAUCUUCAGUGUGAUGAGACAGCUUUUUAUUUCUGCCCUACUUUUGAUUUAUUUUUUAUUCUGUUUAAAACUUCAGUUCAUACAGGUAUCCACUCUCCAGUGUUUCAUGGCUGUUAUACAACUGUUAUACAUAGACUAGUAUAGUGUCUCUUGUUAAACUACACAGAUUUAUUUUAGCCAUUAACGUCAACGGCUAGUAGAGUGGCCUUGAAAUCGACAUCACUGUGUUUAUGCUUUGUGUUUCAAUUUAUUCUCAAGAAUGCCAAAAGGUGCCACAAUUUCUAGAAUUUCUGUACUAAAAAGUUUAUAUUUUAUUAAUAAAAAAAGCCACCCAGGUUUCUUAGUAGGCUGUCUUUCUGAGGCUUAGACUCGCCAAGACUUACUUUGAGAUUGACUAAGACUUAUAAAGAUGUUUUUUAUUAUUGUGUGUAUGAAUUACCCUAAUUUUUCUAUUUUGAGGAUUUUACCUUUAAUUCCACUUGCUGUAAGUUCUUCUUCUUCUUUCUUUUUCUUUAUUUUAAGGGCCCACGAUCAAUGAAUUGAUCAUUCUGGCUCCUAUGUUUCAGAGGGGUUUGCGAUGUUACUGUUCAUGGGUUUCAAUGGGAUACAUCACUGGUUGCAAGGGCGACUCAGCAGUGGUGUUAUGAACUGGGGGUAGGAAUACAUGAGGCAAUAGACACAAAUGUGUCUAGUGUAGCUGCCUCAACUGUUGCUUUUGGAAGCUUGUUCCAGUCCCCUAGUGUCUUCGGCAGGAAUGAGGAGCUUCUGUACUUUGUUCUUGUUUUUACCAUCCGGAACUGUUUGUCGUGGCUUCGUCGCAGUCUAGGGGGAAGAUGAACGAGUUUCUGUUUGAUUCCGGAGCAGUGCACCAGCCCAUUUGUUAUCUUGUACAAGAUGGUGAGCCUGGAUAGUCGUCGUCGUUCUUCCAAUGUCGACCAGCCCAGUGUUUCCAGCAUGCUGCCAACACUCGAGGUGCUUCUGUAGCGGUUCAUGACAAAGCGCGCUGCCCGUCGCUGGACCGCCUCCAACCUAUCGAUGCUUUUCUGGGUAAAUGGGUCCCAGACUGUAGAAGCGUACUCUAAAAUAGGUCGGACAAAGGCUUUAUAGGCUUUUUCUUUCACGCUUGAGUUGCCGAUCUUCAGAUUGCGCCUUAGGAACCCCAGGGUCUUGUUUGCCCGGUUGCACACACUGUUAAUGUGCUCGUCCCAGCGGACCUCUCUUUGAAUGGUAACACCCAAGUACUUUACGGAGGAAACUGGCUCAAGAAUAUGGCCAUGCAGUUCGUAAGAGUGGUUUAGAGGGAAUCUGCUUCUGGAGACUGACAGGGUCUGGCACUUGACGGGAUGAAAUUCCAUGUCCCAGCUCAUCUCCCACUCAGCUAACCGAUUGAGGUCUUGUUGAAGCUGGCUCUGGUCAGAGCUGUUGACGAUUGUUCUAUAUACCGCCGUGUCGUCUGCGAACAGUCUUGCUUGAGAGGUCAGCUUCUCGGGCAGAUCAUUGAUAUAUGCUAGGAACAAACAAGGGCCUAGCACUGAGCCCUGGGGGACCCCUGACUUAACACCGACAAAGGAGGAGGUUUUGCCAUCUACCACUACUGCCUGGCAUCGGUCGCUGAGGAAGCUAGAGAUCCAUGUUUUAGUAAUGCCUUGGAUCCCAUAUCUAUGCAGUUUGUGUAAUAGCAAGCUAUGGUUGACACGGUCAAACGCUUUUGAAAAGUCCAGCACAAGCACAUCAGUCUGCUUGCUGUUCUCCAAGUUGGUCUUCAACUCUUCAGCAAAUUCAAGGAGUUGGGUCUCGCAUGAUCUGUUGACUCGAAAGCCAUGCUGACAGUCAUUGAGUAUAUUAUUUCUUUCCAGGUGAUUCAUGACCGCGCUUACGAUUAUGUGUUCCAAUAGUUUACAUACUACGCUAGUGAGGGAUACAGGGCGGUAACUGGCUGGGUCGUAAUGCUCUCCCUUUUUGUAGAUCGGAGUUGGAACGUUGCCUAUGAAUAGCGACGAUUGGAAGAGGAUUGUUAAUGCAGGAGCGAUUUCAUUGGCCAAUUCUUUUAGCACUCGUGGUUUAAUGUUGUCAGGACCACAUGCCUUGGCGGCUUCUGUACUUAAAUUUGCAUUUUUUGUAGAAAUAUAUUUAUAAAAAUUAAAUUACAUUUUAGUAUCACUAGAUUUGGUAUAGUUUUUCUUUGAAUACUGUUAGAUGUCUUUUGUGAUAGAUGGUUUCUAAUUUACGAGCAAACUACUAACAACACAGAUUUAAUUUUUAUAACUUAAACGGUAUGUAACACAAUUUCAUUAAAGAAAUUUUAUGGAUAAUACUAGGUGUUUUUUUUUUAAAAAUAGAAUCUAUUAAAAAAUCAGCAUGAGCAUUUAUUUAAAUGAGGUUGAGAAGGGUAUAAUAAUUUUUAAAAUAAUUUUUUACAUUUCAGGUGGCCCUUAUGGGUUAUUUGCAGGUCAUGAUGCCUCUAGAGCCUUAGCCACUUUCUCACUAGGAGAGGACGCCUUGAAGAAUGAAUAUGAUGAUCUAAGUGACCUCAACAGUCUUCAAAUGGAAAGUAUCAGGGAAUGGGAAAUGCAGUUCCAAGGUAUUAACUACAUUGAAGAAUGUUAUGGAAAAAUGGAAAGUAAUGUUUAAUUUUUUUUAUAGAAAGUGAAACCUUCAUUAUAAUAUUCAAAUAUUUAAAAAACAAUUGGUGAGCAGGUUCCAGUUCGAACUCAAGAUAAUUUUUCGAUCUGAAUUAUUAUUGUAAAUCCAGGAUCUCAAAAUAGUGGAUUGGCUUAAUUUUUUUAUUUGAAUGAGUUGACCACAUAUCCUAAAAUAAUAUGUAAGGUCAUCAAUAAAUUAUUUUAAAAGCGAUUGAAUUAAAAUAUUUCAAUGAGAUUUAUAAUCUGUUUUCACAGGUUUCGGGUGUAAAUUAACUACAGUAGGGGUGCUUGGCCUGGGUACUAAGAACUAAAGAGUUCUAGUAAUAGUUUUGUUGUUGCAUAAUAUAUCAAAUUGAAAAAUAAAGAGUUUGGGGGGUGGGGAAUGGGAAUUAAAUAUAACUUACUACUGUAUGGUGGUUUUAAUUUAUGCUACUCAUAAAGCAGUUUUUUUUUUUUUUUUACUGUGUCUUGCACACCCUUUGAAUUGUUCGGCAAAGUUUUGCACAUCACAUGAAAGUAACAAUGCAUUUUUAGAAACUGGAGGAAAAGAAAAGGAUUAGAACAAGAAAAAAAGAUUAGAUCAAGAAAAGGUUUAGAACAAGAAACGGAUUAGAACAAGAAAGUGGAGAACUUAGAGCUUAAACUUGAGACUUAUUACAUAAAGUUUGAUUAAAAACUAAUAAUAGAAACCUUUAUAUAACUUAAUAGGCAAUAAUAUAUCCUCUGUCUUAUCAUCAAGUUCCUUACACCCUUGCAUGCCACCAUGAAUCACUAGGGGGUGUGAGCAAGCAAGCCAGCCAGCUUGGGAAACCUUGUGUUAAAGGAUAUUUUGCAUUGUAAAUAAGUGGCUCCCAAUCUUCUUUUUUUCAAGGUUCACAAACUCAAUCUUAGCGCUGCGCUCCUCCCCCCCCCCUCCCCCCCUAAAUUUUAAAAGUUAAAUAAUAGUAGUUUGCAUGAAUCCUGGUUAGAGGAUCAUUACACAAUUAAUUAUCAAAGUGUAACAUAUUCUACUUUACUACUAGAGAAUAAAUGCGAAUGAUUUUGUUCUAUUUUUUUACUUCUAUCACUACAUUAAUAGGUUUAUUUAUUUAAUCAAGCCAUACCUCACCUUUUUGAAGUAGUGUAACAAUUUAGCAGGAAUUUUAGAUAUCUUUUGUACUUUCUGGUCAUGCAGUUUUUUCAACAUUUGGUUUCAAUAUCUUGAGACAUUUGUAUUUCUAUUCUAUAUCUUUGCCUGGUGCCAAGUUUAACAACAGCACAUAAACCACCUUCCACCAAACACAAUUUUGGGAAUGAAACAUCAACCUACCUAACCACCUUCCACCAAAUACAAUUUUGGGAAUGAAACAUCAAGCCACCUAACCACCUUCCACCAAACACAAUUUUGGGAAUGAAACAUCGACCUACCUAACCACCCUCCACCAAAUAUAAUUUUGGGAAUGAAACGUCAAGCCACCUAACCACCUUCCACCAAACACAAUUUUGGGAAUGAAACAUCGACCUACCUAACCACCCUCCAUCAAAUACAAUUUUGGGAAUGAAACAUCAACCUACCUAACCACCUUCCACCAAAUACAAUUUUGGGAAUGAAACAUCAAGCCACCUAACCACCUUCCACCAAACACAAUUUUGGGAAUGAAACAUUGACCUACCUAAUCACCUUCCACCAAAUACAAUUUUGGGAAUGAAACAUCAAGCUUCCUAACCACCUUCCACCAAAUAUAAUUUUGGGAAUGAAACGUCGACCUACCUAACAAACUUCCACCAAAUACAAUUAUGGGAAUGAAACAUCGACCGACCUAACCACCUUCCACCAAAUACAAUUUUGGGAAUGAAACAUCAACCUUCCUAACCACCUUCCACCAAAUACAAUUUUGGGAAUGAAAUGUCUACCUACCUAACCACCUUCCACCAAAUACAAUUUUGGGAAUGAAACGUCGACCUACCUAACAAACUUCCACCAAAUACAAUUUUGGGAAUGAAACAUCGACCUACCUAACAACCUUCCACCAAAUACAAUUUUGGGAAUGAAACAUCAAGCUUCCUAACCACCUUCCACCAAAUACAAUUUUGGGAAUAAAACAUCGAAGCUUCCCAACCACCUUCCACCAUGCAAGAUAGCUAUAGAAAUUUUCCUUUGGGAGUUAAAACUGUUGUUGCCAUUUUUUAAACUCUUCUUCCUCUUAAUAUUUUAAGAUGAACCACUCCUCCCGUUCAUCAACUGCCUCCGUUAUGAAAUCAGAUUGAUCACCCAGUCUGUGCCAGGUGCCAUUUUUCCAAAAGUGGAUUCAACUUAAUAGUGAUUUUUGGAUUGACCAUCAACUGGCUCAGUUCUGAAAAGGGAUUUAUCACUCAGUCUGUCAUUUACAAUAAUUUACAUCAAAAUAAAAUCCUUAAAUUGCUCAGAUUAUGUAGCAAAUUCAAAAGGUAGCAAACUUUGAAAAUAGUUGCAUUGCAUACCACUCUUUUCUUCUUGCUCAUACUUGCUUGGAAAAUUCUAAAUCGAGGCUGGCAAUAUGGUGCUUGAACAGAGUUAAUUUUUCUACCAAAGUAAGGCAGACAGUUUUGGUUUUAAUAAGCUUGAUCUCAGUCACCUGCAACACCAAAACAUAAACAAAAACCCAAGGUUGCAGCAAGUUGUUAUUGAGGCUGCACUAGUUGCAAUAGAAAAGUUUUUUCACUGGAAUUUCCUUGAAGAAAUGUAGGGCAACACGAAAUAUCAACACCUUAACCCAUUUCUGUUUUCAUGGGUCUUGCAAAUUGAACCUUCAUUGAUAACAAAACAUUAAUGAGUGAGAAAAAGUGUUUCAUUUGAAAAAUUGACCCAUUCCAAUGAAAUAAAACUUAUCUUUCAUUUUCUAAACUUUGUAUUUGUUAGUUUGUUGUUGGUCAUUUGCAUAAAAAGAUAAUUUUAUUUUUGUGUCAUGGUAUUUCUUUGUUAAAGCUCGAGCAAAGGAAUUUUCUCUCUUCUGGUUAUGUGUAAAACAUUAUAAGAUAUUAUGUCUUUCAGACGUCUAUCCUCCUCGAAGUCUUAUUUGAUUCCAGCUUUCAAACAAUUUCAGUUUUCAUUAAAAUAUAUAAUCUUAAUUAAAAAUAUAUUCUUAUAUUAAAUGAUCUUUAUUGAUCCAUAGAAAUGGAAAUUUGUUUGGAUUUUAUUGCACAUACUGUUUUCAGAUUUGAAAGUAUUUUAGUUUUUGUUGUGACCCAAAAUUAAUCCGCAGCAAAGCAUUCUUUGGUCAGAUUAGCUAAGUCUCCAUCAUUCCCAAAAUUUCCAAAGCCUUUCAUUGCCGCCCCCCCCCCCCCCCCCCCCCCCCCCCCCCACCCCCCCCCCCCCAAGCUAUUUCCCCACCCACUUUGAGAACCAUUGGUAUAAGUCAUUAUGAUUGACGAUCAAUUUUAAAAAUUAAGGUCUUUUAAUUUGUGCUGAUUACUAAUUAAAAAAGCAGCUUUUCAUGUUAACACGAGCAAGUGUAAUAUGCAAAGUGAUUCUGUAUGUUUCUGAGCUCAUCACAGAGAGAAGCAUGAAAUGUCUUAUGUAAACUUCACAACUGUGUUAAUGUCAGAUUGUAAAAGUGACUCACACACUUACUUAUUUAAGGAUAAUUUAGUAUAGACUGCAGUGUGAUUAAAAUAUUGAGAAAAGUAUAUUUAGUUGCUUGUAAUCUAAAGAAUAUUUAAAGUAGCAGCUUGUACAAGGUAAUCUGAAGAAUAUUUAAAGUAGUAGCUUGUACAAGGUAAUCUAAAGAAUACUUUGUCGGAGUGCCGUCAUCAGCAAACACAACAAAUAACGAACAUAGAGCAUCCAAAAAAUAGAGCUCAGCUUUGAUUUUGAAGGAAUGUUUAGCAAGAAACAUCAAACAUUGAAAUCUUCAUUACUCUGCUUUUUAUAUAAUGUGCCAAUGACUUUGGAUUUUAAAUGUCUUGAUUUCAGAGAAGUAUGUGUAUGUUGGAAAGCUGCUGAAGCCAGGAGAACAGCCCACAGACUACAGUGACACAGAGGAUGAUGAAAAGACAGAAACAGAGAAGAAAGUUGAAUAAAGUAUUACAAAUGAUAGACGUGGGAUGCAUGGGUUUAAAUUAUGUUGUAAGCCAGUGUGAAAGGACAAUACUAAAAGCCAGGUUGAAUCACUGUGAGUUUGGUGAUGGAAGGAGACGCAUCUGUUGACUGAUCGUGAAACAUUAAGUUUCUGUAAUACUGAUCGUGGAACAUUAAUUUUCUUGAAAUCAUAUCUGCAACGUCUGGUUUUCCAAAAACAGAACUUUCCACAUUUUGUUGAUUAUUCCUUUUGUUAAUCCUAGAGCUGUCGGAUUGCCACAACUAAGAUAACUUGUGAAGAAUAAGAUUAUUAUUCUUUUAAAGCUAUUUUCCUUUUUGGUCAUCUGAAAAUGUUUAUUUAAAGUCAGCGUGAACGUCAGAAUGAAUAUUCUUUCAUAUUAUAACUUUCAAUUUAUUCAGAAGUAAAAGUGAGUGAACUUUAAAAUACAUUACAGUAUUAGAGUAUAGUUUAGGCCUGUGCUCCUCAAGAGAUAUAAUUAUUCCCAAUUAAUGUUUUCAUAAAAUUUACAUACCCCCCCCCCCCCCCCUAUAAUUUUAAUAGCGUAAAGGUUAGCAGUUGUGAUAAAAGUGUGUCGUGAGUGGUUUCCAUUUUUUUCCCUUCUUCUAUUGGGCCUCACAUGUGUAGUAAAAGUGAGUGAACUUUAAAAUACAUUAAAGUAUUAGAGUAUAGUUUAGGCCUGUGCUCCUCAAAAGAUAUAAUUAUUCCCCAUUAAUGUUUUCAUAAAAUUUACAUACCCCCCCCCCCCCCCCCUAUAAUUUUAAUAGCGUAAAGGUUAGCAGUUGUGAUAAAAGUGUGUCGUGAGUGGUUUCCAUUUUUUUCCCUUCUUCUAUUGGGCCUCACAUGUGUUGCCACCAACAUUUCAUUAAGAAAUAUCUUCAACAAAGGACAUAGCACAAGAACUUAGCAUUUCCAAUUUUUUUUUUUUUUAAUAGCUAUGUAAUCUUCCAUUAAAUUAGUUAAAAUUCCUCUGUUUUAGCCAUUCAUUCAUGUCUCACUUUAUGAGAACCACUGGCAUAGGAUGUAAGUUAUUUUAUAACUUAUGGAAUGACUUGAACUGAUGUUCUUCUGCCGCGUGUAGCUGAUUUAUUUUAAUUGUAUCAAAUGUGAAAAAUUGAUCUUCUUAAAAGACUGCCAUCAGUGAACUGAUAUUGAUAUAUAUUGAUGAAAAUACUACAAAUUUGUUUUUUCUUUCUAAAAUACAUUUAUUCAUGCUAUAAAUAAGAGGAAGCUGAAUUUUCGGCUGUUUAAUUCAGCAAUGAUAGAAUCAGAACAAGUGGUACAACAACAUGUCAUCAGACAGUUCUAGGAUUGAUGCUAUGCUUUUUUUAAAUUACAUUUUACUUUUCUACAAAUAUUUGUCUUCAUUAAACAGGAAUUCAGGCUAUAAGUUAUAUCUACUAUUUAAAAGAAGAUGAAACUGUGUGCAUUGUUCCAUAGUGCUAAUUUGAUCACCACACUAAUAUAGUAAUUGAAUUUCAAUUCAUUUUAUUUUUAUUACUGCUUUCUUGCUUUUUUUUGGUCAUCUUUGUCUGAAAUAUUGCAAAUAUAAAUUGUGUGAUAACCUAGAAGCACAGACACAUAAUAACCUGCAGUUUAACACUGUAAAAGGCUGGGUCUCUUUUAAAUAAAAUGUGUUAAUAAAAGCUUGGGCAGGAGUAAAAUGAUGAAGAGAAUGACUUGAGAGAUAAGUGUUUAUUAUUCAAGGCCAAUAACCUGUGACAUUCAAGGCCAAUAACCUGUGGCAUUCAAGUUGAUUUACCCAUGGCAUUGCUUGUACAAAGUUUACUGUAUGGCUCUAUAAAAAUUAUUUUUAACAGACUUUCCUUGUAUUGCAGAGACCACAAUAUUAUUAUACAGAAAAUUUUAAAGAUAGGUCUUGAUUAUUGUUUUGUUAUCUUGUCCAUAUUUGUACAUAUGGUGACCUGUUGCCAAUAAUUAAUGCUUUAAAAAUGUUUAUAGAAACAUAAAUGAGAAAAGAAAAAAAAAUUCAACUCAAAAUGUUUAUGUCAUUGUCUUUGUAUCCAAACAUUCAGUAAUAAAUGAUCUUAUAGAAAAC